AUGUCGUUUGGUUGUAAAAGAAAAUCUGUAGAAUCAGUUCCGCUGGAGGAAAAAAGAAAAAAAGUUGAUUAUAAUCGCAACUACAAGCGCGUGCUAAAUAACAGUUAUCUUAUUGAUAGUGAUUCUGACGCCAGUGAUGGGAUUGUGUUCUCUGAUGAUGAGCCUGAUGGGGCUAUUGAUGUGGAUAAUCCUGGACCGAGUACAUCGGCCAAUCAGCUUAAUGGUCCUAAUAAUGCUUCCGACGUGGAUAUAAUUAAUCUUGAAGUGGUAAAAGAAGAAAUUGUUGAUGGUCUUGAUUCCGAUUCAGAUAACUCUGAAAAUGAUUCAGACGAGAUGAAUGAAGAAUUUAAUCUAAAUAACCUUCCAAAAUUCGAUUCCUUUGAAGACAACUUCGACCCGGAGAUAGCUUCAAAGACUGAAGAAUUAUUAAAAGAAAUAGAAGCCACGGAGAAAGAAAUCGAGCACUAUCGCACAAUUAUCGAAACUUGCGACUUGGAUAAGCUCCAAGACAAAGGCCAGCGUCAGAAAGACAUGCUAGAGUUCAAAGAAUCUGAGCUUGACCGUCUGCGAAAGGAGUACGAUGAAGUUCUAUCAGCCAAAGACAAUCAAACUCAAGCCCCUGGCUCCCGUCUGUCCAUGAAGAAGCUCCAAGUAUUGCAUGGCACUCUCUUAACCUGCCCAAGUGAAAACCAGCGUGAGAAAACCCCAGAAGGCAUCAAGACCCCUCUGAAGCCUCACCAAGAGCACGCGUUGGCCUGGUUGCUCUGGCGAGAGCGUAAGAACCCCCCCAGUGGCAUCCUCGCCGAUGAUAUGGGUCUUGGAAAAACCCUGACAAUGAUUUCUCUGAUUGUCAAAACAAACGAAGACCACUUGGACUCUGAGGACGAAGAUCCACCAGCUAGUACCUCAAUGUCAGACCCGGAGUCUGUCUCGGUACCCAAAGUCGCCCAGGUGAAAGGCAAAACCCUGGUGAUCUGUCCAGCAUCGCUGCUUCAGCAGUGGAAGAAUGAGAUAAAGAAUCACUGCCAUGAAAACAUUUUAAUGGCUAAAAUUUACCACGGAACCCAACGAACCUGCGACCGUCGCCUGCUAGCGCGUUACGACGUCGUAAUAACGACCUACAACCUAGUAGCACGUGAGUACUCUCUUAAAUCUCUUACCGAACCGGGCGUGAUAGCCCGGAUCAAAUGGCAGCGCGUGAUUCUCGACGAAGCUCACAUAAUCCGGAACCCCAGCGCUAAAUUUUGCCAAUCUGUCUGCGACUUGGUAGCAACUCAUCGUUGGGCUCUCACUGGUACACCAAUUCACAAUCGUUACGAGGAUUUUUACUCGAUAAUUAAAUUUUUAAGGCUUGCUCCCUUCGAUGAUCCAAGCACUUUUCAGAAUACCAUUCAAAAUGGCGUAGCAGGCAACGAGCGGCUGACAACUUUUAUCAAAACUUUUAUGUUGAGGCGUACUAAAGAGGAGCUUCAGAACAAAGGUGCAAUGGAUCGUUUACCCGAUCGUACAAUCGAAACAAUUGUAGUUACGUUGGAUGAUGAUGAGCGUAAGGCUUAUCAAAAUGUCAUGGCGCUUUCUAAGAAUUUGUUUGCACAGUUUUUGAUGAUGAGAGCUAACAAGGGGCAAAGAUUAGGUACUAUGACUUACGGAGAUUUUGCUGGGUAUGAUUCGGUUAGCUCUUCACGAAAUGGCGGACGGAGACAAAAUGGCGGACGGGGUCGAGGUGGGGGUAGAGGUAGAGCGCGCGGGAGAGGAAGAGGGAGAGGCCGAGGGAAACAAAAUGCAUUUACUGCUAAUGAUUUGCAGUAUUUAGCGGACAAUGCUGGAGAAAUAAAAAGCUCAGGCAUGGUUUGGAUUUUUGUUUUAAUUUUGAGGUUAAGACAACUGUGCUGCCAUCCCUCGUUGAUUCACGGGUUGAUUGAGCAGAAUGAUGUCAAUACUAUUGGAAUUGAUGGGAGUGAUGAUAAGGAGGAGAUUGACUUGAAGAAAAUUUCAGAUUUGAAAAAUAUUGGCCAGAAUUCGGAUGAUAUUAAUGAUAUUUUAGUAAUGAGCAACCCGGUGUUUGAAAAAGCGCGCAAAAGCUCUAAAGUGAGAGCUGUGAUGGAACGGGUUAAGGAAAUACUUGCUCUGAAAGACAAGUUGAUCAUUGUGUCCCAGUGGACGAGUUUCUUGAGCAUUUUUCGGAGCUGCUUGAGAGAAGUUCCUGGUGCUAAGUGCGCGGUUUUCUCUGGCGCAGUUAAUGUCAGAGAUCGGCAGACGGUGGUCGAGGAGUUCAACAAUCCUGAGAGUGACACUAACAUUUUGCUGCUGUCGCUGACUGCUGGCGGGGUUGGCCUCAAUCUUACUGGGGGAAAUCACAUUCUGUUCGUCGACAUCCACUGGAAUCCCCAGCUAGAGUGCCAGGCGCAGGAUCGCAUCUACAGAAUGGGACAGACCAAGAAUGUGUUUGUCUACAAGUUUAUCACUGAUGACACUAUCGAGGAACGGGUCAAGGAACUCCAGGAGCACAAGCUCGAGCUCGCUGCCUCUAUUCUCACUCCUGGAUCUUACCGAAGCGGCAACCGGCUGACUCUUGACGACUUGCGCAAACUUUUCCAAUAG